AUGCCGUCGUCCAACACGCCGCCCGAGUUCGGCGAGACCAGCCAUCUCCCGUCGUUUUACUCACCGCGCUCAACGCCCGUCGAUGCAGCUGCGUCCAGCGGCCACCAUCAAGACGCCCACCAAGAUGUAGACGAACUCUCGCUCUCACAACAGGGUUCCCAAGAUGCCGCCACCACGCCGCAAUCGCAAUCGCAAUCGCAACCACCCCCGCCGUCGUUGCUGUCCCCCGCCUUCACCCCGCCGCAGACUCCUGGAACGCAAACGCCCACGAGAGCCGGACCGCGCGGCGUCCCGGUAGACAGCUCAAUCCCCGACGGCGGAUGCGGCAACAAAAGGCCAAGGCUGCUGCAGACGCUGCCCGAGGUGCAAUGCAUUGUCCGCGCGCGCAUCCCCACCGUCACGGGCACAGAAAUGUUCCUCCACCUGUACACCAACAACGUCGACAACAAGGAGCACCUGGCCAUUGUGUUUGGCAACCACAUCCGAAGCCAGAGCCUCGACGCCCCCCGCGAGGGAGAGACCGAGAUGGACAGGAUGAUCCGCGGCGCCUACACGGGUAGGCUGUUCCCCGGCCGGACAACCAGCGGCAUGGACGCCGGCCAAGCAGCGCCCGCCACGCCCGGGCAGGGUUCGCAGCCGCCCCUGGUGCGCAUCCAUUCCGAGUGCUACACGGGCGAGACCGCCUGGUCGGCGCGCUGCGACUGCGGCGAGCAGCUCGACGAGGCGGCCCGGCUGAUGGGCAUGCCCGGCAACGCCUCUGGCGGCAUCAUCAUCUACCUCCGCCAAGAGGGGCGGGGCAUCGGGCUGGGCGAGAAGCUCAAGGCGUACAACCUGCAGGACCUGGGGUCCGACACGGUCGAGGCGAACCUGCUGCUGAGACACCCCGCCGACGCGAGGAGCUACGGCCUGGCCACGGCCAUGCUGCUGGACUUGGGGCAGCACGACGUGCGUCUGCUGACCAACAACCCUGACAAGAUUCGGGCCGUCGAGGGCCCCAACAGGGAGGUUAUUGUCAAGGAGAGGGUGGCCAUGGUGCCGCUGUCCUGGAAGGGCAAGGGCGGCUUCAGGAGCCAGGAGGUGGAGGGCUAUCUCAAGACAAAGAUUGAAAAGAUGGGCCACAUGCUGGACAGGGAUCGGCCCACGUAG